AGACGAUCACGAGCAAUGAACCUGAGAGACAAACUCAAGGCCAAUAUAAACACAAUAUUAAUACGUAAAGGAGCAUGACGUCACCGCGUACAGCGUCAUCACCGAGUACCGCGGGAAACUGAGACACGGAGACGGAAGCGCCAGGCAGAGCAGACAGAAGAGUGAAGAACUGGUCCAGGAUGCAGAUCUACUUCUGCGGCUCAAUCCGCGGCGGCAGAGAUGACGUGCACGUGUACCAGAGGAUCGUGCACAAACUGCAGAGCUACGGAAGUGUGCUGACCGAGCACGUGAGCAGCACCGCGCUCAGCGACAAAGGAGAGGACGCUGUGAAAACAGGCGACAAAUUCAUCCACGACCGUGACGUCGAGUGGCUUUGCCAGUCUGAUGUGGUGGUGGCAGAGGUCACUCAGCCGUCCCUUGGUGUCGGAUAUGAACUCGGCCGAGCUGUCGACAUGAAGAAGAAGAUCCUGUGUCUGUUCAGGCCGUCGUCAGGACCUCUGUCGGCCAUGAUCCGAGGCGCCGAGGACGGAGAGCAAUUUGUGGUGACGGAUUACGAGGAGGACCAGAUGGAGAAGGUUGUGGACGAGUUCUUUAACAAACUGAAGAACGACUGAACCAGAACCCGUCACCCGGACAGAAUACCAAGCAAAUGUUAGCUCCGGUAACGUUCACAUGAAACCAUUCAGGGUCCAACAGUUGCUGAUUAUAAACACGUCUGACCCCGUUUCCUUCCACACUAAUACUUUGAUCAGUAUCAGAUUAUUAUUGAUGAUGUAAACAAUUUAAUCUGGUCUGUUUUAUCAGAUAACAGCAGUAAUCUGAUUAGAAUAGAAUAGAAUAGAAUCUUUAUUGUCAUUAUGCGAGGCACAACGAAAUUUUGUCCAGCAGCUCUUGGCAUGGAUUAUGAGAAAUCAGAUAAAUACUCCUGGAUUUGUCCCUAGUACUCAGUGUCUUUAUGCAUAUAUACCUAUUAAUCUGAUUCAUUCAGUUCUUUGUGGAAAAACUAUUAAAUCACAGGUGUCAAACAUGCGGCCCGGGGGCCAAAUCCGGCCUGCCAAAGUUUCCAACCCGGCCCAUGGGAUGAAUUUGUGAAAAAUUGCAAAAAUUACAUUGAAAAUA